AUGACUAACCACUCUCCAGCGCCCCAGCGAUGGAAGGACCAUGAAUUUUUUGUUCAUGUUCCUCAUGAUGUCUGGCUGGAAGUGAUGGAAUACCUGCGCCCUUCGCGGGACCAAUCCAUCCCUGAAAGCAAGUAUGAUCUAGAAAACCUCAGCCUGACCUGCCGGUACUUCUGUGCCAUCUCGAGACCCUUGCUCUUCGAAGAUGUGAGAUUCACGGGGACCACUGGUCAGGAUGACGAUGCGAAGGACCAUGCAGGAUGGUUCUCCGAGGUCAAGAAGAACAGAAUGAACUCCUUGGCCUCUUUGGUCAGAAAAUACCGGCUCUGUCACUGGUCGACCAUCUCGAACGAUACAUUUGUGCUCUUGUUCGGCGACAAGCAUUUUCGAGCGAUUGCGCAGCUCCCUAAUCUCUGGAGUCUAUCCUUGGACAAGUGCAAUUUACAAUUCUCCAAUCGCUUCGGAAUGUUCCUUCACGAACAAAUGAAGACCGGAAUAGGGUUAAGAAAUUUAAGACACCUUCACUUCAGCCGGACAACUCUCGAUGCUCACAUCUUUGUGUCACUUCAAGAACUUCCAGCUCUCGAAUCGCUGGCGUUCGACCAAUGCUCGUUCAAACGCGAUUCACCUCAGGUGCACUUUUCCCUUAAUCAAAAGAUCGGUCUUCGUCAUUUCCAAAUGAUAUUCGGAGAACCUUCCGGCCCGUGGUAUGGUUGGAAUGCAUCUUUCAUGUCUGAGAUAGCUACAUUCGCCUGCCAGCGAUCCCUACGAGUGUUCAAAACCGAUGUCAUACAUCUGUCCUCGGCGCUAUUCAACUCUAAUUGCGAGCUUGCCAUCGAAGACCUUGCAGCCGUAAUUGGUUCAGCAGAUGAUUUGCCUAUAUUCUCGCAGUUCUUGGACCGGACACCGUCCAUCUGUAGCCUUUCCUUCUAUGUGAUGCUAGAUUCUGAUGGGGAUACGGUACUUAGACUCAAGGACGGGGCUUUGCCGAGUCUUCAGACAUUGCGCUGUCUGCCCGAGCACAUCUUUUCCCGCCCUGUACGCCGAUACUGGACAGUCCCUGAGUACCCUGCACGGUACACCAUACGGGACACGCGCAGCGUGCGUAAUCUAGAGGCUAUUGCAUCCUCCAUUGAAGAACUCGGUAUCGACAGCCAACUUUAUGGCAAUCGGUUCCUGCCUGCUUUCCCUUCGCUCAAGUCACUCAUAGUUCUUCCGGGGUCCUCACCAGUGGGUACCUUCCUUUACUGA